UUACAAACAAGGAAUUUUGAUCCUCACUCACUCCCUUCCUUGUUAACAUUUUGCUUACCAAGUUUUUGUGAUGAAUAAAAAACGUAGCAACUGGAUUUGAGGAUUUCCAAAAAUAAAAAAUCAAUAAAGCUAAAAAACAACAAGAACAAACAAGAAUGGAAUGGCUUGGCUCCACCACUCACUUAUCUAUCCAUCUCUAUCUUUUUUAAAGCGAAAAACUUAUAAUCAGCACCUCUCCUCAUACAUGAUAGUCCUAUUCUUUUCUCAAAAUGAUAUCACGCCACUUAUUCUUUGUCUGGAUAGCAUUACUAUUUCCCUUCCUUUGUGCAACUGAGGAAGAUGCUUCCGCCAUCAUCUUCACCACACUUGGCAGAGCUUACUACGCUUUCGAUAUCUAUUCCCUCCCAAUUCACCUCAACCAUUCAACCAACCCUCACCAAGAAUUACAAAUUACUGACGGUAACUCCGUUAAUUUUAACGGCCAUUUCCUUUCCAAUCAAUUCCCCGCCGAUCAUAACCCGCCUCCUCUUCAACUUGUUUACGUCACUGAGAGAAACGGAUUUCCCUCCAUAUACUACGACGCCGUUUACACAACCACAACUUCAACCUCAAGAAGAUCGGCUCUUGAAUCUGUUACCGUCACGGAUAGAAUUCAACUCCCUCUGUUACCUAAUCAUCUCAAAGACUCUCAACUUUCAGUUUCAAUCAAAGAUAAACCAAGUGUGACUAGCGAUGGUGAGUUUUUGAUCUACGUAUCAACACAUGAGAACCCGGAGGUGCCACGUGUCAGCUGGACAGCCGUUUAUUCUACUCACCUCAAAUCAGGUCUCACACGAAGACUCACUCCCUACGGUGUAGCUGAUUUCAGCCCCUCCCUCUCUCCGUCAGGAACAUGGACCGCAGUCGCUUCCUACGGCGGAGCCGGUUGGUCCGGCGAGGUAGAGGAUCUCACUACAGACAUUUACGUUUUCCUCACUCGAGACGGAACACAGCGACACAAGUUGGUUGAACACGGUGGCUGGCCCUGCUGGGUCGACGAUCAAACAAUUUACUUUCACCGGAGGGGAAACGACAGUUGGUGGAGUAUUUACAGAGUGAUUCUAUCCGCUGAUUCUUCUGACUCAGUCGUCAUCGAACGGGUCACAUCACCGGGUAUACACGCGUUCACACCCGCAACCUCACCGGGAAACCACAACUUCAUCGCCGUCGCCACAAGAAGAACUAGCUCAAAUUUCCGUCACAUCGAGUUAUUCGACCUAAUUAACAACGAGUUCAAGGAGUUAACUCGUUUCAUCUCACCUCAAUCUCACCACCUCAACCCGUUUAUCUCACCCGAUUCAACCCGGAUCGGGUACCACAAAUGUAGAGGAAAGGAAAGUAACAGCAGUCCCCAGUUUUUGCUAGAGAAUGUUCAAAGCCCCGUUCCAAACCUAACUCUCUUCCGAUUCGUCGGUUCGUUUCCGGUUUUCUCACCCUCUGGAGACAAAAUCGCUUACGUCGAGAUGCCAGGCGUUUAUGUCAUGAACCGGGACGGUUCAAACCAGCAAAAGGUUUCCAACGCGAUGGCGUUCUCAACCGCGUGGGACCGGGUUCGACCCGGUGUAAUCUACACAGCAGUUGGAGAAACAUUUGCAUCGGAGAGCACGGAGGUUGAUAUUAUAUCCAUUGACGUCGACCGGAACAUCGUUAAGAAAUUGACCAUAGACGGAAAGAACAACGCGUUUCCGUCUCCGUCACCGGACGGAAAAUGGAUCGUGUUUCGUUCGGGUCGGUCGGGUCAUAAGAACCUAUACGUAAUGGAUGCGGUUGAAGGAGAGAAAAAAGGGCUAAGAAGGUUAACGGAGGGUCCAUGGACAGAUACAAUGUGCAAUUGGUCUCCUGAUGGAGAAUGGAUAGCUUUUGCAUCGGAUCGUGAUGACCCGGGAAGUGGGAGUUUCGAGUUAUAUUUGAUCCACCCGAAUGGAACCGGGUUGAAGAAACUGAUUCAAAGCGGGUCGGGUGGGAGAACGAACCACCCGUAUUUUAGCCCCGAUGGGAAGAGUAUUGUUUUUACGUCAGAUUAUUCGGGUAUAUCGGCGGAGCCAAUUUCUAACCCGCAUGCUUAUCAGCCUUAUGGUGAAAUAUUCACCGUUAGAUUGGAUGGUUCGGGUCUAACAAGAUUGACGCAUAAUUCGUAUGAAGAUGGAACACCUGCUUGGUCACCCAAAUAUAUCAAGCCUGUGAAUGUUGAGAGGCCCAAAGGUGGACCUUAUUGUUCUUUCGAUGAUUGCCAUUGGCUCAACAACAUGCCAAAUUACUACAAGGCACAAUGCGCUCUGUAAAUGUUGAUUCCCUUCACACAUCUAAUUUUGCACCGCAAGUACAAUUAUUUAUUAUUGGUCACUACACAAGUAUGGAUAAUGUAUGAUAAAUAAUUAAACGUCCUUUGUUAAUAUGAUUUUGGCUUUGCAUUCUGCUUUUAGUUUGUGUAUACUUUCGGUGGAUAUGUUAUUAGAAGUAGCAUUAUGUUAAAUAAUUUAAAUUAUAAUAGACACGAUAUUUAAUUGGAUUUAAUGGUUGAACUGUUUUAAAAACCUUGAAAAGGUUAGAAAGAUUACAUGAACUAACAAUGAUGAUACACCCCGUAGUGUCAUGUUUACUCACUUCUAAAUUUGUCAUUUUUUCUCCGUUACAUUUCCUAGCUGGCCAUUAUUGGGCAAGAAAUCUAGAAAUUGGUUACAUCUAGCAUUAAUGGUGCAGAAGCAGUAGCUAAUGAUACAAGUUGCUUCUUGAAGAGAACGGUUUUUGUGGGCAUCAAUUAAGCAGAUACAAGAAGCCCUUCUCUAUGGAGAUUUUGUGUCAAUCUAGCGCUUUCCAACUGGAAAUUGGACAUUCAAAAUUUCAACUCUGCUUAAUGCUGGAAAAAAUCUUGAGGCAAAUUAGAAGUAGGGCUGUUGCAACAAAGACGAUGGAGAUCCUUUACACAAGCACACAAAUCAGCAGGCUGGUAGAGAGUGUAAUGCUGCAAUGUCGCAUUCUGUUGCAAAAAACAGAAUCAGCAAGUUAAGAAAAGCAAUAUUUAAUAAUUCCUUGAUGAAAAUGGAACAAAUAAUCUUUGACAUUAGCAGCAGCAUACCCAUGGUUUCGUUGAUGGAAAAAGCAUAAAUUUGGCCAGGAAAAUUGAUGAAGCUGCUAUAAGUGAUGGAGCAUAACAAAGCAUACUGUAUUCCAAGAGAGAUAAUUCGGCAAGAUAGUUUGCCAAGCACUCUAGUUGCAGUGAAGGGACCUGAGAGAUGCAAAUAAAAGAGUGUGAAAAAUCAGAAUUGUUGUAAAAAUGAGUGGUAUGUCAUUUAGCUUGCAUAAUUUGUUCUCAAAGGUUGUUUAUAAUCAUAAGUUUUGAGUCUCUCUGUUACUUGAUUA